CAGCGAGUCGAGUCAAGUGUAGGCAGUCCGCUCUCAGCGAGAGACUCGGAGACACAUCAGGACAUCUCUUUGCGCCGACCACAUUCUGUAUACACGCCCUCUCUCUCCUGCACACACGCACACAGGAUACUGUCGGGCAACUGGGAUUAUCUGGCUUUAAUAUUCAAAUAAAAAGAGAGCGAGCAAAGGAAAUUUAGCCUUUCAUUGCUGUCAGCGGAACGUCUAUCUGAACUGGUCUAUGUGGAGAUCGCACAUGUGGAGCGGGGAGGGUGUGGGCGACAAGUUGUCUGCGUGAUAACAUGGGAGGAUUCUGCGGCUGAAAAGGGAAUUGCGAGCUGGAUUCAAAUCUCAGCGGCGGUCAGUGACAGUCUUGUUGGGUCCCGUUGACGACUUGAAGGAGGAGAGAGGGCGUUUUCCCGUCUCUCUCUCUCUCGGCUCGGCACAGACGGAUAACACGUGCAUUGCAGGGACAGGGAACAGCGGGACCACCUGGUAAAAGAAGCAGCUAAGAAUCAAAGCAGGGCGGCAGCAACUCCUGUCUCAAACUUCACGUUACACAGCGGAGGCGAGAGACACAUAGCAGGCGCGACGAGGAGGCUGGUGUGUGUUUAGUGUGUGUGCCCGCCCGGCUCAAGGCAGCGAGUUGCCGCAAACUUGGCGACAACCUCAAACCGCGAGCUUGUGACCCUUGUAUCCAAAGAGGUUAAUUGAGAGGAACUAGAGUUGAAACUUCUGUGGUUGACCUUUUGGGUUGACAAAGGUCAGUCAAACUGAAACCCGAGUGGUGUUUUUUUGCAGGUGACUUUUCUUCGCUUAUCAUCUCUCCUGUCAACCCCUUCACUGUGCACUGGGACCACAUCAAGGUUUUAAGGAUUUCUUUUGUGACUUUUUGAAAUAGACUUUGGAAAGACUGAAAGACAAUGUUGCGGAUCAACUGUGCCCAUCGUUUAUCUCCGGAUCCCAGUGGAUGUUGGGUCACCUUCGGUAUCCGCAGGCUCAAUACCUUCGUCCUCCAGGUACUGUUGCUGUCUCUUCUCGGAGACAGGCUGGCGUUCGCAUGGAGACCAUCUCCGGCCCGGCUUCGGUUCACCUUCUCAGAGCUGAUGGUAAAUAAGAGGAUCAUCCCCCUCAGCUUCAGUGCCUCAAACUUGCAUUCCAUUAUCCUGGAUGAGGACAACCGCAAAUUGUACGCAGCUGCAAAAGACUACCUCCUGACCUGCAAUCUGGACAACAUCUCAAACAGGGUGAAAAAGUUACACUGGCCAGCUGCGCCCGAGCGAAUAAACGAGUGCAAAAUGGCUGGGAAGGACCCUGAUAUGGACUGUGCUAACUUCCUGAGGAUUCUCCACUUCUACAACCAAACCCAUCUGUAUGUUUGUGGUACGGGAGCUUUCCACCCACGCUGUGCUUAUGUCGACACGUCCAUAUUCAACAGAGAUGAACAGCUCAUGCUGUACCACGAUCAGACGGAGUGCGGCAAAGGAAAGUGUCCAUACGACCCUCAGCAGCGAAUAGCCUCGGCAAUGAUUGAGGGAGAGCUGUAUGCCGGGAUUUCCUCUGAUUUUAUGAGUCGGGAUGUGGCGUUCUUCCGCAGCCUGGGACGCCGGCGUGUGAUCCGCACUGAACAGUACGAUGCAACAUGGCUCCAAGACCCCAAGUUUGUAAAGGUCCAUGCCAUCGCUGAGAGCAACAAUGAAGAGGACGACAAAGUGUAUUUGUUUUUCACCGAGCGCGCUCAAGAGGUGGACAGUGGCAACGGGAAGGUGGUCUAUUCGAGAGUGGCUCGGGUUUGCAAGAAUGAUAUCGGUGGUCAACGGAGUCUGGUCAAUAAAUGGAGCACCUUCCUCAAGGCAAGGCUUGUAUGUUCCAUUCCGAGUUCGGAGGGAAUUCAAACACAUUUCGAUGUAUUACAGGAUGUCUUCAUUCUCAACGGGAAAGACAAAAAGAACCCACUGAUCUAUGGAGUUUUCACAACAUCCAGUAACAUUCUCAAUGGGUCAGCUGUCUGUGUUUACAAGAUGGCCGACAUUGUGAUGGCUUUCAAAGGAGAAUUUGCACACAAAGAGGGUCCUGAUUACAAGUGGGUCACCUAUCCAGGACGCAUGCCCUAUCCUCGCCCUGGGACGUGCCCCAGCAGUACCUAUGGGAGCUACAGGUCAACCCAUGAAUAUCCAGACGAGGCAAUCUUCUUUAUCCGCACCCACCCGCUCAUGCACGACGUGGUCUAUCCUGUGAAUCAUCGGCCAGUGCUGGUACGCGUUGGUGUGGACUACAAGUUUACUCAGAUAGCAGUGGACCAUGUUGAGGCGGUGGAUGGACAAUACGACGUCCUGUUCAUUGGAACUGAUACUGGGGUGGUCCUGAAAUCUAUCUACACCCCUAAAGCAAACCAAGAGGUGGAAGAGAUUAUUCUAGAAGAGUUGGAGGUUUUCCAGGACAAAUCACCUAUCACUUCAAUGCAACUGUCCAGGAAACGGCAGUGGCUGUAUCUAGGUUCAAAGAGCGGCCUGGUCCAGGUGUCCCUGUACCAGUGUGAUUUGUAUGGCAAAGGUUGUGCGGAAUGCUGCCUGGCGAGAGAUCCUUACUGCACCUGGAAUGGAAGCUCGUGCAGUACGUACGUACCCGGCGCACGCAGAAGACUCACUCGCCAGGUCACUCUGAAUGGAGACCCUUUGACCCAAUGCUUCAACCAGGGAGGAGCCAUGUACACUUGGACUGAAGAAAAGUCGUUGUUUGUUGUUGAGGGAAACAACACGUACUUGGAAUGCAUUCCCAAAUCCCGGCUUGCAACAAUCACAUGGUUCCUGGAGCCGAGUGAAAAGAACGGGAUACUGCAGGAGGUUAGCUUUGGGGACCGGAUCAUCCCAAUUGAGCAAGGCUUGCUAAUUCGCCAAAUAGAUCAUCAGGAUGCAGGCGUCUAUCAUUGCCAGAUUGAGGACCAUGGUUUGCGCUGGACACUGAUGAAGGUGCGGCUCAAUGUGGUGACCGCUGACCUGCUGGCAAAUCUGUAUGAAGGUGAGGGACAGCCAGCUGGCCCCAUGAAAGACCGAUCUCUUCUGGGCACCAGUCACAGUGUUCAGCCCUGGUACAAGAACAUCAUGACCCUCAUCAAUUACCCAUCCAAAAUGGAUUUCUACUGUGAGCAGGUCUGGCAGAGAGACUUGAAGAAGAAACGCAACAAAUUGCGGGCGGGCAAAAAGCACCGCAGCGUGGAGCCUGCCAGGAAAAACAAACCGCCCACAGGAGGCAGAAGGAACAAGAACAAACACACCAAGUUACAGCGAUCACCUCGCAGUAUCUAGCAGUUGGUCCCAUAACCUUCAUCCAAAGUCAAAUAAAAGAAGGCUCAACAAACUUAAAUCUUUCAAAAACUCUUUGGACUCUGAUAAGCUAAAGGCUUUGCUUGCAACACCAUCUUUGACCUGCUUUUGGCUGAGGAUAAAUGUAUGGUUGUCUAUCUGUUCUUUUUCCUACAAAUGGGAGCGAUAAUCAAUCCAUCUUUGAAAUGCAUUGACGUGAGUGUUCCCAGCCAACUUACUUCCACACUAUAAAUCCUUGAUGUGUAGUCUUUAAAUAUAAUACAAACUGGGCAUCUGCUUGGGCGCCUAAAGAUUUAAAGAGUUUACUGGCAAUGAGAAAUGCCACAAACAAUUUCUACUGCAUUAAAGAGAAGUAAUUCGAAUAGCUUUAAACCACAACUCUACUGUAAAUAUUUAGCUGUUGUAAGACUUGGGUCGCAACUAUUCAAAUACAAACAGAGAAAAUGUCUUGAUUAUGUCAAAAUCCAAAAAAAUGCAGGGGGCUUUUCCUAACUCCAGGCUAUUGCAGUGGAAGAACCAAAGAUUGCUAAACUAAAUCUGGUGUUAAGUUUUCCCCGUGACCCAUUGUCGGCAAACCCAUUUACGUUCAAUUCUUGGAUUUCAGAGUGAACAGACCUAAACAUAUGGAGGCAUUAUUACUGACUGCAAAAAUGCAGGGCUGAAGCCAGGUAACUAUGGCCUGAUUCCUAAUCACUACCCAAUGACCCCCAGUUAAAGGUGGCAUAGAAUGGAUGUGAAAGUCAGAGUCAGGCUCAACAAUAGUGUCCCUAUCAAUGUUAAGCGUGUAAGCUCACAAUGAAGACACGACCAAUUAAUUGCUGGUUCAACGAUCUGUAAGCCCAUCUCCAAACAAGAAGUGGACAGAAAAUCAGUAAGAAUUUCUUUGUAAUAAUCAAAAUCUAAACAUUAUUGUGAAAAUAAACAAACAUGCCAGAAUCAGUUCAGCAAAUUUGGGGAUAAAGAACGUUACAUUUGCAUGCAAAAUAUUACUAAUUACUGUUUAUUGACAUUCUUAAAAUAUUAUUUAGACUAACUCAAUAGAAUCCACCACUGAAUUGUUUAUAGGGAAUGUUUCGGAACAGCGGGAGGCUGCCUUUUGGUUGUUGAUAUUGGGAAAUAUUGGGGAUAUUGGGAAAAAAUAGUUUUCCACUAUUGUAAGCCAUGGACUCCAGGCAAGGGAAGAGUAUCUGUUGCAUCAUUUGUAGAAUCACUAGUUAUGUAUCUUCCAUGUACGUUCCAGUACUUUUGUGUUUCGAUCACUGAAUUUUGAGAUGCUGUAAUUGAAUCUGCUGGAACCUUAAUUGAAAAGAACUGUUCUAAAUCUUCUCUAAUUGCAGAACUAGGUCAUUCAAUAUUAAAAUCACAUACUUUCCAUUGAUCCCUCCCUUUUGAUAAUUGCCACCCUGAUUUUUUGCAACACAAUGCAAAAUAGUAUUUUGUAAAAUAAUAGAAAAACAAAGUUGGGUGUGUACUGGAAAUCUAAAGUGGCUGCAUCUCCAGAGAGAGAGAUAUAGUCAAUAUUUGCACUAGAUUAUCUUUCACUGGGAUGAUAACCUUUCAUUUGACUACCAUUUCUUACCCACAUUUAUGGAUUUAGAAAUAAUUUCCCAUUAAGGAAAUUCAGUGACUUUUAGCAUAGACAAGGCCAGGUAACAGAAAUGGAGAUAACAGGUGGUCGGGGUGGAGAGAGUGCUGAGGCUGUGGGCUAUUGAGGGACAGAUGCAUUGAACAGGUUUGGGCAGAGGGAGACACAGCACCUCUGUGGUUGUGUCUUUGAAUGAAGGGGCUAAAUUAGUUCAGUUUGGAUCUAGGCUCAACUCCAAAUCAUAUUAAGAAGGGCUGCAAAGAAAAACCAUGAAACAAUAGCCUAACAUCUGUGGUAGGUAAGUUACUGGAGAGGAUUCUGAGGAAUAAAAUGUACAUGCAUGUGGAAAGAUAGUAUUGAUUAGAAUAGUUAGCAUGAUUUUGUGCAUGGGAAAUCAUGACUCUCAAAUGUUAUGGUUCUAAAGAAAUAGUCAAGAAGGCUGAUGUGGGCAGGUCUGUAGAUGUAGUCUACAUGGACUUCUACGAAGCCUUUGAUAAGUUUCUGCACAGAAGGUUUGAUCACAUGGGAUCUAGGGAGAUAUAGCUAAAUGGAUACAGAAUUGGCUUGACAGUAGGAAGUAGAGGGUAGUGGUGGAAGGUUGUUUUUCAGAUUGGAGGCCCGUGUCUAGUACAAGACACGACUAGAUGGCAUUAAAAUCAAUAACAUCGUUGACAGUUAACAAGAACUAAAGCAGAAUCAUAAUCAGCUGUGCAAAUGGGGUGAGGAAUGUUUUGGAGUUUGUUUCUGAUACAUGUGGGGAGGGGGCAGGUGAAGCAUUGUUAACAUUGUUUUAUAUUUAUUCUAUUUUUGAAGAUAUGUUAUUCUGGAAUUUGGAAGCAAAGGCAAUAUUAUGCCAGAUCAGGAUGGAGUGAGGUUUGGAGGGAUUGCUGUUUGCUUUCCACAUUUCCCAGUACUCCUCCAACUUGUUCUCUCUCUCAGAUGCCCAUUCACUCCCUUUUGCAGAUUCAUUAUUUUGCAACAAACCUACACUAAAGGGUAAAGUACAGUGGUCAAUGAAUCUCCCUGCACAUUGGCAAGAUGCGGGAGGAAUCUGCAGUACCCGGGGAAAACUCAAAAGUCACCAGGAGAACUUGGAAACUCCACAAUGACAGCACCCGAGAUCAGGAUCACACCAGGGUCCCUGGAUCUGGGUGGAAAUAGCACUAACCACUGCAUUACUCUUGUCUCUUCCAUUGAUAUAAGGCGUGGGAACUGUCUGAACAUUCCAAUAAUAUCUGUUUCUCAGCUUCUGUGCAACAAUUUUAAAAUAGUUAUAGACAGUGAGAGAUUCCUGAUAGUGAGGAUUAAAGUACUUUAUGCAGAUCUUGAGUUUUUUACUUUUUGAAUUUGUGGUUUAAGCUAGCCUGUUAAUGGUUACAAGGUUACAGAAACAUCGUUAUAGUCUUCAGAUGUUAAUGAGUCUUAGGUCAGAGGCUAUUUAACUUAUGUAGUGAACAGCUUCAGUUUACUAUAUGACCUCAUUUACAAAGUGUAAAUGUAAAGCUAUUUAAGUCAUAUAUUACCUGGGUGGCAUUUUCAUGAAAAUUGUUACGGACAAGGGUUCAAAAGGUGUCAGCUGCCUGGUUCUGAAGGUAUAAAAUGCUUAUGUUAUUAUUAUUUAAUUUAAUUUGUAUUUUUUUUCUGUACAUUUGUUUUUCUUUUGCUUUGAGAUAUGUACAUAUUUAGUUUUGUGUAUGACAUGUGUUAUUAAUAAUGCCAAUGUGUCCUGCAUCUCAGCUUUGAAAUAAAAUAGAAUUGACUUGCUUGCUC